AUGAAGAUGCUGAAGGAACAAUUAAGAAGACUUAGUUCAAGCUCAAGUUCAACAAGCAAAAAAUCACAAAGAUCAAAGACUAGUCAAGAUUCAAGUUCAAUUCCAAGAAGUCUAAGUCUUUCAACUGGUAAUGACAAUGGAAAUGAAGCUAUUAAAAGACCUUUAUUAACAGCGGCUAAUUCUGGUGCUCAAUAUACUUAUGAAUCUCAUCAACGUUCUGUUAGUAGUUCUAGUAUUGAAGCAUAUGGUUCAAAUCAACAAAUUCCAACAAGUUACUUAAAUGAAUUACGUUUAAAUUUACCACUAGUUGAUUCUGAAAUUUAUGGAUUAACUACACCUCAAUUGAAUAAAAUUCUUGAUGAUUGGUUUACAAACCCUUUACCAAAUGUUUCAACAUUAUUUCCUUAUCUUCAUGGUGCUAUAAGUCAAGUUCAAUGUGAAUUUUUGGAAAUGAAUCCAGAAUCCAUCAGUUUCAUUCCAAAAGUUCGUUAUUUAUUAAUUAUAAAAUCAAAUGAUGUUGAUAAUUGUUGUUUAAUUAAAUCAACAGUUAUGAUGAAUGAUUUAACUAUAGAACCUUUAGUAACCAAGGAUAAAUCAAUUAAUUUAAGAAAUUAUUCAUGUCAAGUCUCACUAUUAUCUAAAAUUUCUGAUUUUAUUAUAUAUUCUGAAGAUAAUGAUAUGGAUUCAAAUUUAACAUUGGCUAAAAAAUUACGUGAUUUCCAAAAAACUAUUGGUAAAUCAAAUGAUUAUAAUACUUAUAUAUUGGAUUAUAAUCCAAAAUCUCUUGUUGCUAAAUAUAAAAUUAAUCAAGAUUUAUCAAAAUUAAAUUCUAAUAUGGCUUUACAAUAUACAAUGAAUAAUUGGAAUAUGAAUUAUCUUUUCCAUGAACGUGUUGAAUUAUGGUUAAUGACUUCAAAACAACAAAUUUCAAAACAUUUAUGGUUAGGAAAUAUAAAUGAUUUACAUCCUGAAAAUACUCAUCAAGAUGAAUUUCAAUUAAUUAUAAAUUGUCAUAAACAUGUUAAUGGUUUUACAGAUUUAGAUUUUGAUUCUUUAGAUGAAUUAUAUGAUCAAUGUACUGGUCCACAAACUAGAGAUGUUAUUAAUGGGAAUUUUAGUUUUAAUGAAAAACAUUAUAUUGAUUUCCCAAGUUCUGGAUCUUUCAAUUUGAAGAAUUUUGGUGAAUUCGAAUGUGAAAUUAUAUUAAAAUAUUUAAAAUUUAUAAAUUAUUCAAUGAUUAAAAUGGGUAAAAAUUGUUUAAUUCAUUGUUUUGAUGGUUAUAGUUCAAUGAGUUUUUUAAUUAUUGCAUUGGAAAUUUAUCAAACUGGUGAAAGUUUAAGUUCAAUUUUAUUAAAAUUUUUUAAUGAUUAUAAAAGACCAAUUUAUUUAUUUAAGAAUGAUAUUGAAAUUUUCCAAAAAGUCUUGGAACCUUUCUUAAGAAAAAAUUCACCAAAGAAUCAAUCAUCAAGUUCAUCAUCAUCAAGUUCAUCAUCUGAUUCAAAUUCAAUAACUUCAUCAAUAGAGUCAAUGAAAUUAACUGAUGAAACUGAAGUAUCACCAUCAUCAAUAACUUUAUCAUCUUUAGAAGAUGAAGAAUUAAAUACAUGGUUAUCAAAUUCAAUUGAUAAAAAUUUACCAUCAAGAAUUUUUCCUCAUUUAUUAUUAGGUACUUUUGAACAUGCAUCAUGUCCAACAUUAUUAUCAAAAUUAGGUAUUAGUCAAAUUAUUUCAUUUGGUGCUAUUCCAUCAUGGAUUAAUGAUUUAGAUAUGGAAACUUUACAUAUGGAAAAAUUUUAUGCAAAUAUAGAUGAAUUAGGUGAAGAGAUUAAAGAUGAAUCUUGUGUUAUUUAUAUUUAUAAUUAUCCUUCAUCAACUGUAAAAAAAUUAAUUCAUAUACCAUUUUUAGAAGAUGAUGGGAAAUGUUCAAUAACAAAUUAUUUUCAAAAAAUUUAUCAAUUAAUCAAACAAGGUUAUAUAUUACCUUUAAACAAUGAAUUAAAUUUAAUUCAUUGUAGAGUUGGAGUUUCAAGAUCUGCAAGUUUUUGUAUCUUGGAAACUAUGAAGUUAUUAAAUGUUUCAUUACCAAGAGCUUAUCUUUAUGUUCGUGUUAGAAGAUUAAAUAUUAUAAUUCAACCAAAUUUGAAAAUAUUUUAUGAAUUAUUAAAAAUUGAACAAAAUUUGAAUAAAGAAAGAGAAAUUGAUUGGCAUGUUUUAUGCAGAGAGAUUGAUUAUUUAAAUAGAAGAUCUUUUUAG